UGUCAGUCAAACAGCUGUGUGCGGUGUUAUAUUGUUUAUUAUUCUUGAACUUUAAUGCAAUUAAAUACAAUAACAGAAUCAGUUAUUAAUGUGAAUAUGGAAUUAUAACUGAAAAUAUUUUGAGAACUCUUCCAAAACACAAUAUUAUCUCAUAAAGGCAUUUCAUAACAUUAUUAUAUAACACUAUCAUGUCAAUUAAGAAGGUUUUAAUUGGUGGCGGUACCGGUUUUAUAGGGCAAAAUUUAAACAAACUACUUACAAUGAGUGGUUAUAACGUAGUAAAUGUAUCACGGAUGCCCGCCGCUAAUAACAUAUCUUGGACUACUUUGGAGAAAUCAGGCUUACCAGAUUGUACUACUGCGGUAGUCAAUUGUGCAGGACAACAGUUUAUGGAUUUUAAAAAGAGCUGGACACCUGGAUUUAAACAAAAUGUUCAUAAUUCACGAGUUUACACAACAAAGUCAUUAGCAAAGUCUAUCAAUCAAACCAAUAAGAAACCAAGGGUUUUUGUAUUGGUUACUGGAGUUGGGGCAUAUGAACCAUCAGAAACUAUAAAAUAUGAUGAAAGCAGUCCAACAACUGGGACUGAUUUCUUUUCUAAACUCUUAGUGGAAUGGGAAAAGGCAGCCAGUGUUAACCCACCUGUAAGAUUGGUCAUAAUCCGUUCUGGUGCAGUAAUCGGUCGAAACGGUGGAAUGAUAAAGAACAUGAUUGUGCCAUUCUUCUUUGGUCUCGGAGGCAGGCUGGGUUCAGGCAAGCAAUAUUUGCCGUGGAUACAUAUUGACGAUCUCACAGCGCUCAUACAGUAUUCUAUAGAAAAUGAAGAAGUCAAAGGAAUUUUGAAUGGUGUUGCUCCACAAGUUGUUACUAACGAAGAAUUUACACAGUCUUUUGCAAAGGCAUUGAGCAGACCAGCAUUUCUGCCAGUUCCGGAAUUCGUGUUGAACUAUAUGCUUCACCCGGAGAGGGCCAUGAUCGUGACCAAGGGCCAGUAUGUAGUACCUAAGAGAGUGCUCGAAUAUGGAUUCAAAUAUAAAUUUGCUAAUAUUGAUGAUGCCUGUAAAGAUUGCGCAUAUCUGUUGCCUAGGAAAUAAAAAUGUAUGUAUUUGAACUGUGCACAUAUAAGUAGGCAACUAUACUGUAAUAACUGUUAAUAAUAAUAUUUAUUAAUAAUUAUGAUAUAUUUAUAAUUAAUAAUUGAUAUUUACAAGGAUAUGGAGUCAAAAACAAUUAUUAACAAUUAUUACAUUAGUGAUAUUUUCAUGCAAGAAUUUGGACUGUUAGUUAGUAAAAUUAUUUUUUAAAUUAUGU